UCUUAUGGGAAUGAGAGUUGAAUAUGUUAGAAGGAAAAGAGAUGCUAAAUGUUUCAAUGGUGAAGAUUUAUAAAGAAUACAUUCUGUUUAAUAUUGUUAAUGUACUGAGGAAGAUUGGGAAUGUGAUCUUAAUUUUCAUAGAGAAAACUAGGAUCCUAAUGCUAAAUGUAUUCCUUAUGAACUCUAUGAAUAAAAUUUUGAAGCACCAUAAAAUGAAGAUUAUUAUGAAGUUCCUAGAGGUUAUCGUAGAGUUUCAGGAAAUAAAUGUUAAGGAGGAAUUGGAUAUAAUCCAGGAUUUAAAUUUUGGAAAUUCAGAAAUGUAUUUCAAUUUUUAUUAUUUAGAUUUGGGAUUUUAUGCUUAUUUGUAUUUUUGCUGCCAUAGUUUAUUGUAUAUAUAAGAAUAAACAUCAUUUUGGAGAUUCUGAUGAAAUAUUUUCAAAAAAAAAAAGUGAACUUAGAUUUGGAAAUCCUGAACAAGAAACUUUAAUUUGA